AUACCUUGGAGGUUUAAGGUAUGGGUUUGAGAUUUUAUUUUCUCCAACCAAACCAAACACCAGGUAUGAGUUUGGAAUGAAUAAACCCCAUGUCUGAUUCCAUAUACCCAUAAACCAAACGACCCGUGAGAGUUUGUGAUCUGAGAAGCUGCUGCUGCUUUGCAGGUUUAGGAGAGAUGGAAAGUACAGAUUCUGCUUCUGAUGACUUUGUGCAAGAAUUUUACAUCCCUGAUUACUUACUUGUUCCGGGAAAAAAGGGUGAGUAUCUUCGUCAUAUACCUGAAUGCCCUGUAGUGGUAUUCAUCAACUCUAGAAGUGGUGGUCAGUUGGGUGGGGAUCUUCUCAUCACGUAUCGUUCUAUUUUGAAUCCAAACCAGGUUUACGACUUAAAUGAAGAAACUCCUGAUAAAGUGUUACGGAGACUUUUCAUAAAUCUGGAAAAACUUAAGACUAAUGGAGAUGCAGUGGCCCAUAAAGUUGAGGAGAAGCUUAGAAUAAUUGUUGCAGGUGGGGAUGGCACAGCUGGCUGGCUGCUUGGGGUUGUUUGUGAUCUAAAAUUAUCCUGUCCACCACCCAUUGCAACAGUUCCCUUGGGAACUGGAAACAAUCUCCCUUUUGCAUUUGGAUGGGGAAAGAAGAAUCCAGGAACAGACCGCGAUUCAGUAAAGUCAUUCCUUAGUCAAGUAAAGGGAGCUAAAGAAAUGAAGGUAGACAGCUGGCACAUUUUACUGAGGAUGAAAGUUCCAAAAGAAGGUGCUUGUGAGCCUAUUGCUCCUCUGGACUUGCCAAGUUCCUUACAUGCAUUUCAUCGAGUCUCUUCAUCUGACGAUCUUAACAAGGAAGGUUGUCACACAUUUCGUGGAGGCUUCUGGAACUACUUCAGUAUGGGAAUGGAUGCUCAAGUUUCUUAUGCUUUUCAUUCAGAGCGCAAACUACAUCCAGAAAAAUUCAAAAACCAGAUAAAUAAUCAGAAAACAUAUGCGAAGCUUGCUAGUAGCCAAGGAUGGUUUUCUGCAUCUCUUCAUCACCCUUCUUCAAAGAAUAUAGGACAGCUAGCAAAAGUAAUGAUCAUGAAAAAACAGGGCGAAUGGCAAGAGCUUAAAGUUUCUCCUUGUAUCAGGUCAAUCAUAUGCCUCAACUUGCCCAGCUUCUCUGGUGGACUAAAUCCUUGGGGAACUCCAAACAAGAGAAGGACCCGUGAUAAAGAUUUGACUCCACCAUAUGUCGAUGAUGGCCUUAUUGAGAUUGUUGGUUUUAAGGAUGCAUGGCAUGGACUUGUUUUACUCACACCAAAGGGGCACGGGAAACGUCUUGCACAGGCCCACAGGGUGAAGUUUGAAUUCCAUAAAGGUGCAGCAAGUGAAACAUUUAUGAGAAUCGAUGGUGAACCCUGGAAACAGCCUCUGCCAGUUGAUGAUGACACUGUUGUGGUGGAAAUUUCGCACUUACAUCAGGUCAAGAUGCUUGCCACCCCCGGCUGCAGAUCCAAGAGCGUCAACGACCCAUCAACACCUCACAAUCACGAUGCUGAAGAUGAUGAUGAUAGUAAUGAUGAAGAUGAUGCUACUGAUGAUGGGAGUAAAAAAUUUGGUGCCGCUGACACUUUUAGAAUCCCUGAUGAGGUCGAUAUUUCACAAAUCAGUUGAGCUUGUGGGUGAUGAUUGGUCUGGUUUAUAUGAUUUAUUCUCAUUAUUGACAAUGAUUAAUUGAAAACCUGUUAUUUGAUUAAACUAAAGGAGCAACUCCAUCUUUUGAUUAAAGUUGCAACCAAUGUAAUCCUCAGCAGAUUUAUAAAUAAUUAUGUCAAAUUGUGCA